UCCGCAGCGGACACCAGAGCCAACAUCUUCUGAACUGCAGCAUCGGAUUCAGCAAUGGCAGAAGCAGUGGAGGUGAUGCUGCGGCGCUUGAGGGAAGCGGCGGACACCAGGGGCAGCGACUGGCUGGAGCAGCAGGUGACCGCAUUGCUAGGGGGGGCGGAGGUGGGUACGUCUAGCCCUACUCCAGCAGCUACACGGCCGCGGCGGGUACGGCCGCCGGCGCGCCUGAGCCCUGAUUUACCCCCCCGGGUCCGGCGCCGUGUCAGGAGCCCCACAAGGGACCCUCCACGCCGGGAGCAUUCUAAGGCUACUGCGACCUCCCGGCGUGGGAGGAAUCCAUAUGUCCGGCGGGACCCUCCAGAGGCUGUGGGGCCUUCCCCUCAGCCCAUCGCGGCAGCAACAGGGGAGUCAGGACCUGGUUCUGCAGGAUCCCCUCCUGUCCCCAGGAGUCGGAGGCCUGCUCAGCGUGGGAGAGGUAGUGGCAGCAGAGGCAGCAGCGGGGCUGCGCGGUCGGCCAGGGCGGCCCGGCGCAGGCCCUUACAGGAUGAGCCCCUUUCAGUGGCACACGAGGCUGCGCCUGUAGGUGCCAGGGACGGGCGCAGGCCUUGCCAUGAUGCGCUUCUUACAGAGGAGGAGGACGAGGCUGUUCUGGACGGCUCCCCGCCCCAGAGCAGGCCUCUUGGGCAUGAAGACAGGCGUGCAGAUGCUUAUAUGGAGGACAGGGAGUUGCGCAGGCCAUUUCCUGAGGGCGGACAGUUUGCUACUGGUCCUGACACCGUGGAAGACAGAGUGCGUCCCAGAGCCAUUCCUAACGCACCCAGCAGUGAUCCGCCUGGGGUGCUGCCGUCGAACAGCGCAAGUACCCAUCAAAGGAACGUCGUGGAUCCAGGAGUCGUCCGUCAGGAAUCAGGACCUGCGGCUGCCGGGUUCACAGCACCCGGGCAGUUAGGUGAGACAUCACUGGGAACACUGUUAUCUAUAUUUAAUGUGGCGCCUGGGGCGGGGGGGAGCAAUAGUGCUAUUAUCGGUGGUUUGGGGCGCUUGCUGUGUGGUUUAGCCGGGGUCAUUUAG